AUGCAAUAUUAACAUAUUUUAGAUGCCUAUGAACAACGUUGGAUGGAACGCCAAGAUAAGAAUUUAAAGUUUAGAAGAAAAAAAAUAAUAUAAGACUCUCCUGAUAUCAAAAAUUUUAUUUCAAAUAAAGAAGUAAGAUCUUUUAUUAUAUCAUCUUUUAAUUAUUAGAACAUACCAUAAGUCAAUCAGCAACAAACUAAUCAAUCUAAGGAGUAACUUAAAAAAAAUCGACUAAAAUAAUAAUUAUAAGAAGAAUGUCCUAUAUGUAUGACAAACUUAGAUGAUUUAUAAAAUGUUUGUGAAAUUGAUGUUUGUUAACAUUAAAUAUGUUUAACCUGUAUAAAAGAGUGGGCUGAAAAAUACAAGACUUAAUGUCCUUAUUGUAGAGCUAAAUUCAAAAGAAUUUAUCCAAUAGAAAAUGGAAAAAGAAAAAGAACUCCAAUCAAGUUAAAUCUUAAUAAACCUAAAUGGUAGCCAGAACAAGAUCAAUUUUAUAAUUUCUAGGAUGAACAAGAAGAAAAUUAAAAGUGUCAACUUUGUGGAUGUUCCCACUCAUAGUAUUUAAUGUUAAUUUGUGAUAAAUGCAAUGAUUAAAUGUGCCAUACAUUCUGUGAUCCAGGUUUUCUAGAGUUUUUUAUUCCUGAAAAAAAUUGGUAUUGUUUGGAUUGUCGCAAAUCUAAAUUAAUUUAUCACAAACCUAAAAGAUGA